AUGCCUGAUCAGUCCAAUAUCGCUCUCGAGGCGGAACAGAAGGCCUUUGACGAGACGGCGCGGGCCAUUGAAGAGUGGUGGAGCACACCCCGGCAGCGACAUAUUAAGAGGCCGUACUCGGCCCGGGCCAUCGCCGCGUUGCGUGGCUCCGAAACUGUACCCUGCGUCUCCUCCCCGGCAGCAUUGAAGCUCUGGGCUAUGCUGUGCGAACACCGUCGAAAUGGCACCGCCGAGAUGACCUUUGGCGCGACCGACCCCGUGGCCGUGAGCCAGAUGGCCAAGCACAUGCGGACCGUCUACGUGUCUGGCGGCCUUUGUGGUUUCAGCGAAAAUAACUACCCGGGCAUGGAUCACGCCGACUAUCUAACAACGGUGCGUCGCCGACGGCAGCCCUGGGACACAGUGCCCAAAGUUGUAGAUAAGAUCUUCAGGUCUGAGCUCUGGCACGACCAGAGACAAUACCAGUUCCGCAUGAGCCACAGGCUUCAAGAUCGCAGCGUACUCGAAAAGUGGGACUACCUGAUGCCUAUCAUUGCGGACGGUGACAUGGGUUUCGGAUCUCUGACAACCACCCUCAAAUCUACGAAGGCGCUUGCAGAGUUCGGAGCCGCCGGCAUUCACAUAGACGACCUUGCAAUUGGCCUCAAGAAGUUCACCAUUGGACAGGGGAGAACUAUCGUGCCAACCUCCGAGUACGUUGACCGCGUUAAGGCUAUGCGCCUCCAGCUGGACAUCAUGGGUGCCGAGACGCUCAUCUUUGCCCGCUGCGACACGGAUCACGCCGACUACAUAACAUCUGUGGUGGACCCGCGGGAUCAUGAGUACGUUUUGGGGGCUACAAGGGACGUCAGGCCUCUUCAGCAAGUCGUGAGUGACGCCAUCGCGGCCGGAGAGAGUGUCCUCGAUGCAAGGUCCCAGUGGAUUGCUUCUGCGGGACUGAAGACCUUCGAUGAAACGGUCCAGGCCGUGGCCACCGAGGCCCAAUUCGAUGCGUACAAGCUCGACUCUCGCGUCAGUUACGGUUCGUCUCUCCGUCAGCGUCGGGAGGCUGCAAGGGAUGUCACAGGAGCCGAUGUCACGUUCGACUGGGAGCUCCCGCGCUCUUCAAAUGGCCAGUACAUGUUUCGCCAAACCGUAAAGACCAUUGUCGAACGCGCCCUCCUCGUCGCCCCCUUGAGCGACCUUUCCUGGUCGAGAAUGGACAGCCCCAACUACCACGAUAUAAAGGAGUAUCACGAAACGAUGCUAUCUUAUCUGCCCAGCCGCAUGUUUGCCUUUGCCUGGGGAGGCGAGUGGUCGUUCCCCCAGUCGGCUGGAUGGACACCUGAGCGGCGUAAGAAUGCAUCAGCCAUCAUGGCCAAGGACUUUGGCGUCGUCUGGCAGGUUCAGCCCAUGUACAUGAUUCAGGGUGUCAACAUGGAAAUUGAAAGGUCUGCAGAUAUGUGGACAAGUGAAGGCAUUGGCGGGUACUACGAGAAGAUUCAGGCGGCGGCUAUUUCAAGGAAGCCGUUCAAGGUAGAUGGGUACGAGAAGAUGAGCUGGUGUGGUGGAUCUCUUAGUGAUGCAUUUUUUGCGGCCGUGGCGGGGGAGGAAAUCUCACAGAUAUAA